AGAUUUUGGAGUCAAACUAAGGACAAAAGCAGAAUUUAUUAAGGAAAUCCAUCCAUUUAAAAUAGCCUCCUCCUUGAAAAACAUGAGAAAAUAUCACGAGGCGUUGUCUGAAAAACCAGCUUUACUCUUACACUGUUAUUUCAUCUCUUCCCUAUCGAAUUUCCAACCCUUCUUUUCCUCUUUACGCACCCAAGAACAAAUUUUCAAGGCUCCUCAACCCUCUCUGUUCUACCGCUCCUCUUCUUCUUAUUGUACUAACUGAAAUUAGGGUUUUGCUUCUGUUAUCGUUGUACAAUGUAGAAUUGUUUUUUUUUUUUUUGUUUCAGUUUUGUAAUUUUUCCUCGCUUAUUUCGAUUGUUCUGAUUUGAUGUAAAUAAUACAAUAACAGCGAAGCAACUUUCAUCUUGUAAUCUAGUUUAUACAUCUUUGUCGCGCAAUUGUAUAUAAAUUAGGGUUAGGAUUGGGGUUUAUUUUUGUUUAGUUGUUGGGCGUUUGAUUUGGCGGGCAUGGAGAACUCGCGUAGACCGUUCGAUAGAUCGCGAGAGCCAGGGCCGAAGAAGCCCCGAUUGAUGGAAGAGCUGGAUCGGGUUCCGAAUUCUGGUGCGAGACAGUUUCCUCAGCUACAAAUGAUUUUUGGGGUUACGACGUUACCGUCUGCAAGGUUUAGAACAAACGAAAGAGACGUUGAAAGCAAUGAUUUUGGUCGCCGGGGUGGUGCUGGAGGUGGCGGUUAUCAGCCCCAGCCAUUGCCAUUUCAGGAGCUUGUUACUCAGUAUAAGGCAGCUCUUGCAGAACUUACUUUCAACUCGAAACCGAUAAUUACCAACUUGACUAUCAUUGCAGGGGAGAACCAAGCUGCGGAGAAGGCCAUUGCAGCAACUGUUUGUGCUAACAUUCUAGAGGUUCCUAGUGAUCAAAAGCUGCCAUCACUUUAUCUUUUAGACAGUAUUGUUAAGAAUAUUGGGCGGGACUAUAUAAAAUACUUCGCUGCCAGGCUACCUGAGGUAUUCUGCAAAGCAUACAGACAGGUUGAUCCUUCAGUCCAUCAAAGUAUGAGGCAUCUUUUUGGAACUUGGAAAGGAGUCUUUCCUCCUCAGACCCUUCAGAUUAUUGAGAAAGAAUUGGGCUUCACUUCUGCAGUCAAUAGCUCAUCUGCUUCUGCUUCACUCAGGAGUGAUUCACAGUCACAACGUCCACCUCAUAGUAUUCAUGUUAAUCCCAAGUAUUUAGAAAGACAACGUCUACAGCAGUCCAGCAGGACUAAAGGAGUUGAUGAUAUGACUGGAGCAAUUUCAAACUCAAAUGAUGACCAAGAGAUGCCUGGUAGAACUUUAGGUGUUUUACGACCAUGGGUGGAUCCUAAUGUUACAGUUAGCGUCAAUUCAUGUGAAAAUGAUCCUCGUGCUCGAAGAGAUGCAUUCAAUGAUUCUGCUCCAGAAAAGAGCACUGGUGCAUCCUAUGGAAGCAAUGACUUUGGUUCCAAUGUUUCAAGGAAUUUAGGCUUGGGUAUCAGCCGACCUGGUGGUAGGGUGACUGAGUCUGGACAUGACAAAGGUUGGUACAACAAAUCUGGUGUUGUUGCGGGGACCAUGCCUGGACAAAGAAAUGGUUUGAGUCUCAAGUAUAGUUUUUCAAGUACCGAUGCACCAAAGUCCAUGGUUUUGGAUGCACAUCAUCAACCGGCACAUAACAUAACUAGCAUACAGAGCAAUGUGAUCUCAAAUAGCUGGAAAAAUUCUGAGGAAGAGGAGUACACAUGGGAUGAGAUGAACUCUGGCUUGACUGGUCACGGUACAUCUGUUGUUAGCAGCUUGAGCAAAGAUGCUUGGACCGCUGAUGAUGAGAAUUUGGAAGUUGAAGAUCGCAUCCAAGUCAGAAAUGCUUUUGUGGUAAAUGCUGAUAGAGAAAUAGGCAUUGAAUCUCAAGCCAAUGAAAAGAAACAAUUUCCUGCAUCUCAGCAUCAUUCAUCACUAUCAUGGCAAUUGCAAGAGCAGCAUUCUACUGAUGAGUUGAAUCGGAAGGCUGGUCACUCCAGCAGAUUUGUGUCCACACUUGGUGCCAUACCGUCCAAUACAAAUGCCUCUAUUGCCAGGAUGGAGAAUCGGCCAUACCUGUCAAGUGCAACCAUAGGAUUGCCAGGAAUUGCAGGACCCUUUCAUUCUUUGGGAGCUGAAAAUCCUUCAGGGCAGUCACCUUUGCAGCGGAGGUCUCCAUCACCGCCAGGUCCAUUCUCUUCAACGACUUUUCAGGCAAGGCAUCAGCAACAAUUGGGCACUUCUCACAAUGAGGUUACUGUUAAGACUGAGAAGCCACCUGUGUCCAAGGUUCCUUUAGCCAGAGAAACUAAAAGUAGCAUGAGUACAGGGAAUCUUCCAACUCGAUUAGGUGUUCGGCCUUCACGAGCAGGUGGCCCUUCCCCUGCCACAGUAAUUUCUUCAGUGUCCGCAAUUGCAUUACCAUCUUCAUUAGGUCCUUCUGGUGAUAAUUCAUCUGCUCUUUCAAAAAUGCCUAAAAGAAAGGCUGGACAACCACCUAGGUUAUCUACUUUACCAUCUGCUUCCUCUAAUGUCAGCAGUGCCUCUGCCCAGACAACUGAUACCAAUAGUAGCUUAAAUCCAAUUGCCAACCUUUUAAGCUCUUUAGUUGCAAAAGGCUUGAUAUCUGCAGAAACAGAAUCAACAACUAAGGUGCCCUCUGAGUUGCUGACUCGAUUGGAAGAAGAAAGCGAUAGCAUUACCACCGGUAACUCUCUGCCUGUGGCCUCAGUUUCUGGUUCUGCAGCUGUUCCAGUUCCUUCAAUCAAAGAUGAGGUUGAUGACACUGCAAGAACACCCAUAUCUUUGUGUGAAUCAACCAGUCCAGGAGUUGUAAAUCUCAUUGGCUUUGAGUUUAAGCAUGAUGUAUUACGAGAAUUCCAUUCGUCUGUAAUUAGUGGAUUAUUUGAUGAUCUUCCACAUCAUUGCAGCAUUUGUGGCUUUAGACUCAGAUUCCAAAAACAGUUCAAUAGACACUUGGAGUGGCAUGCCACAAGGGAUAGAGAAGAGGAUGGUUUAACUAAGGCAACGAGAUGGUAUCUUAAGUCAAGUGACUGGAUUGUUGGCAAGGCUGAAUAUGUAUCAGAGAAUGAGGCUGAUUCUGUAAAUACAUAUGGCAAUGAAGCAGACAGAAGUCAAGAGGAUGCUAUGGCUGUAGCAGAUGAAAACCAAUGCUUGUGCGUGUUGUGCGGUGAGCUAUUUGAAGAUUUUUACUAUGAGGAAAGUGGGGAAUGGAUGUUCAAAGGAGCUGUUUACUUUGCUAACUCUAAUAGCAGCAGUGAGAUGGGAACUGGAGAUAUGAGUACUGGAAGGGGUCCCAUCAUUCAUGCAAAUUGCUUAUCAGAUAACUUGAUUUCAAGUGUCCCUGAGAUGGGACAGGAUUAAAAUCAAGUUAACAUUGGAGCUCUGUUGCAGCAAGAACUUUGAAGUGACAGGCACAACUUGAAUCACGGAAAAACAGAACAAGGCUUGCUUUAUUGGUUUUUAUAUUAGGGACUCGUACUUAAUAAUACUCUGCCUUGGAACCAAAGUUGAAGUCCAAUUAAUUCAAGGCUUGUGGUGUUGCGUGUAGAUGUAAUCCAAGUGGGCAUCCACCAUCAUCCUUCUGCUACUGCACCCUUCAUCCUUCACAUAGCAC